AUGCGGCGGGGACGCAGCUCCGAGAGCGCCACCUUGCAGGAGAAGGAGGUGGUGGAGGAGGCGGAGAACGGAAGCGACCCCCCCACCCCCACCCCGGGGAACGCUAACGAGGAAAAUGGGGAUCAGGAGGCUGACAACGAGGGAGACGAAGGAGAGGAAGAGGAGGAGGAAGGAGAUGGUGAAGAAGAAGAGGAUGCAGAUGUGGAUACCGAGAAGCAGAAGACAGAUGAGGAUGACUAG